AUUGUUGCAAGCAUUCAAUUUCAAUUUCAGGUGGCUCUUUUCGCCUGCCCUGGCUGGCUUAUUUCACAUUUUGUGAGUUGUUGGCUGUGGUGUGGAGGUCAUCAGCGCUCUAUGGCUGGCAUCAGUGGAGGAGGAGGAGGAGGCGAUCAUCUCCGAAAGAAGGCCACGGGGGUCCGAACAUGGCUACAACUGGACUCAACCGGCGAAUCAAAUAUAGUGGAAGCAGGGAAGCACGGUGUUAUGCGGAGGACUGGCCUGUCUGGCCUUGAUCUUCGGAUAUUGGAUCCUUUCCUCUCGUAUCCGUCCACUUUGAUAGGGCGGGAACGGGCCAUCAUCGUCCAUUUGGAGCACAUCAAAGCCAUAGUUACGGCACAUGAAGUCCUCCUGCUCAACUCCAGAGAGCCCUCCGUCGUGCCCUUCGUGGAAGAGCUCCGACACAGAAUCAUGCAGCACCACCAGGCUACCGAAGCACUGUCACGGGAAGAAGAGUCGCUAUUGACGAGGGGACAAAAUGGAGAAAAUACUGGACCACCCCUGCUUCUUCCUUUUGAGUUUGUAGUAUUAGAAGCCUGCCUGGACGCUGCUUGCGGUUAUUUGGACGAAGAGGCAACGGCUUUGGAGGAGGAAGCUUAUCCAGCAUUGGAUGAAGUGACUUCAAAAAUUAACACCCUCAAUUUGGAGCGGGUGCACAGGAUCAAAAACCGGUUAGCCCAAUUAUUCCAACGUGUUCAAAAGGUGCGAGAUGAGUUAGAGCGAUUGCUGAAUAACGACGAAUAUAUGGCUAAGAUGUAUCUGACAAACAAGCAUGCAGUUGAGAGGCAGCUUAGGAAUUCUUCCCUAUCCUCCAUAAAACAUGAAAUUGUGCAGAGAGUCCUGGAUGAAAGGCACGGGAUGUUUCUUUUACAUCCUAUACAUUUCAACUUUUACCCGGUUUCUGGUGAAACCUUAGUGCAAGACAGAGGGAAUUCCAGCCGUUUCAGCGUUGAUUUUCACCCUGCCGAACAGCACCACCAGCAACGGGCAAUCCGCACAGCCAGUUCUCUCAGCAGAGGAAGCCAAUUUGCAAUCCAUACUAGCAGUAGAAGAUACAUGAUAGGCAAAAGCAAGCAUCUCGGUGUGAAGGAUGUGGAAAUAAUCGUGGAAGCCUACUUUGUUCGGGUGGAUGCAACAUUAUCUGGCCUAUCAACUCUAAGGGAGUACGUAGAUGACACGGAAGACUACAUCAAUAUCAUGCUGGAUGACACACGGAACAGAAUGAUGCAAAAGGCGGUGUUGUUCAUGACAGCAGGCGUUGUGCUCAUGGCUUUUACCACUGUGACAGGAGUUUUUAGUAUGAAUAUCCACGACUUUAGUCUCUUCCAAAAGACUGAUCCUCCCAAUUACUAUUUCAUCUUAUUCUGCGGCGGCGGAACAGCUUGCAGCAUCGUCCUAUAUUUGAUUGCAAUUUCCUGGUAUAAGCACUUGGGAUUAAUGUGAUGGCUUGAUGGUGUCUUUU